UUCAAUAGGUUCCUAUGGCGACCAUAAGAAAUCUGAAAAUCAAGUCAGGGACUUGUAAACGAAUUAUUAAGGAGUUGCAUUCAUAUGAGAAAGAGGUUGAGAGAGAAGCUGCCAAAACAGCAGACAUGAAGGAAAAAGGAGCUGACCCUUAUGACCUUAAGCAACAGGAGAAUGUGCUUGCUGAGUCAAGGAUGAUGAUUCCUGAUUGUCGCAAGCGCCUAGAGGCCUCAUUAGCUGACCUGAAAGGAACUUUGGAAUUGCAUGAGCGUUUUACUGACUUGCCAUCUCAUGUCAAGAAAGCUUGA